GAGAGGUUCCCAGAGAGAGGGAAGGAGAGAGUGAUUCCCAGAGAGAGGGACGGAGAGAGAGAGAGUGACAGCCGGAGAGAUGUCCACCAAAGCUCCGAUCUAUCUGAAACGGAACAGUCAGAAGGGGAAGCAGGAGAAGUUACGGGACAUUUUGUCGUCAGACAUGAUCAGCUCGCCACUCGGAGAUUUCCGUCAUACCAUCCACAUCGGGAGUCGAGGCAAGGAUGAUAUAUUCGGCGACAUUUCCUUCCUGAAGGGCAAGUUCCACCUGUUACCAGGCAGGCAGGGAGACUCAGUGCUGGGUAAGAUGUCUGGCUGUGCCCGCCCUGCCAGCCUGCAGCAGCAGGUAUCGCCCCUGCUGAAGAAUGCCAUCUCGCUGCCUGUGAUCGGGGGCUCUGUGCCUGAGACUGAAGCUCCCCCGAAACCCCCCAGGCUGCACUUGGACAGUAAGGGCGGGGAUUCCCAGGCCAUAGGGCCUGUCUGCAACAGGAGCCAGGAGCAGGAGGAGGUGACAGCUGGCAGACAGCCUGCUGCUGCUAUCCCAGACGGUGCUCAACCUUCUCCAGGCCCACUCCACUCCACCCUGAGGGGGGUACCUGACAGUAACCUACUCCCCAAUGCUGUCUCUCUCCUGUCUCUGCACCUGGACCUGGGCCCCUCCAUCUUAGACGACGUCCUUCAGAUCAUGGACAGGGAGCAGGACGUUCAGCCCAACCUGGCCUGCUUGGAUCCUAGCCCACGGUGUCGAAUCCUGUCCUUACAGUAAGUCCCCACCCCCACCCUGACCCCAGCUGCCCGUGCUAACCUUGGGAGCAGCGGGAGCUGGACACGGGGUAGGGGGUGUUUGAGUGAGCGAGAACCUCUCACUGAGGCGGGGGAGCAGCCCACCUUUUGGACAACAAACACCGUACUCUCCGAAUCACAGGAACCAUGGGAAAAGGCCAUUCAGCCCCAUGCUAUCCACACAGGCAUCUCACUCCGUGACCCUGUAAACCUGUACCCAUCGGAAUAAUCAUCCCCCACCCUCCUGAAGGAAGGGAACCAAACAGCAGGCUUGAUGCAGGAGCAGACUAUUCAACCAGGAGAGCUUCACCUCUUUCCCCGUCCUCCCCGAACUGGCCCCUCAGCUACCCCGGCACAGUACGGGUCAGUGUGUGGCCAUGGAAGAGUUCCUUUGGCUGUCCCGUGUUGGUGAUGCUAAGGACGGGAACGUGGUGCUGAUACCUCAGGGAGUGGAACAUUCCCCUCCCCCACCCCCACCCCACUCUGGGGGGAAGCGCUCUCUCAGCAUCGCCGUCCACGCUGGGCUAUUGUUGAGGCCUGGCCCUCCCUGGACUGAGCAAGAACCUUUCAUGCUUCCUUCAGGACAGUCCUCCCUCAGCCCACUCUGCCCGUCUGGGCUGGGCUGGGCUGGACUGGAAGCAAGUUCUGAGAAAGAGGCUGGACAUAAAUCAACACAGCACUCCCUUCUACCAGGUGGACAGAAAAGACUAUUUUGUGGGAGAGUCUGGGUGGGAUGAGGGCCUGAGGGAGUUGUCCUGGAGCCAAUUUUAAUCCCUCAACGCCCCCCUCCCACCUCCCCAACUGAAGUGGAAUGUCUGCUUUCGCACCGGGAGCUUGCUGUGUGUAAAUUGAUGCUGCGUUUGCCACACUACAGCAGUGACCACACCUCAGAGACAGAGGAGAGCCUGCGAUCGGCCUGAGCUGCUGAAAGGUGCUAAAGAAAUGCAAGUUGAGGUCAUGUCCCGGCACAGCCAGGGUUGGGUCUGUGGAGACUUGGGGAUGUUUCUGGAGGACAGCACUGUGUGGGUACAACAGGACACUACUCACUGUCUAUGUUUUUAUAUCCAAUGUAAGCAUUAGUUUUUCACAACCUUCUGUAUCUGAGAUGUGUUCAAUGUCAGGAAUCAACAGAAGCUUUUUGUGUGAAA